UUUUCUUAUUUUUUCCUUCAAUAAUAGUCGCAAAGAAAACAAAGUGUGGUUGUUUGCUACUCUCUCCGAGUCAAAUACCAAUAACAGAUCCAAAAACCAGACACUGACACAAACUUCGUUGAUAAAAACAGAGCAAAAGGAAAUAGCUUUUGCUUCGGUAAUUGUGAAUCGGCGAAUAUGGUGAGCAAAACUGAACAGUCCCAGUUGGACAGGCUUGAAAACCAGGUCGAUAAUGGUGGAGGAGGAGAUUGGGAGUACCUCUGUCUCGUUAGGAAGCUUAAGGUUCGGCGUUCUGACAAGGUUUUGAAGUACGGUUUGGCGAUCUUGAACGACCCCAAAAAGCGAUCCAGUCUCGGACAAGACGAAUGGACUUUAUAUGAGCAGGUAGCAAUUGCCGCUAUGGACUGCCAAUCUAUUGAUGCUGCAAAGGAUUGUAUAAAGGUUUUACAGAAGAAAUUUUCAGAGAGCAAACGAGUGGGAAGGCUAGAGGCAAUGUUGCUUGAAGCCAAGGGAUCCUGGGCAGAGGCAGAGAAAGCUUACUCAAGCCUUUUAGAGGAUAAUCCACUUGAUCAAGUAGUACAUAAGAGGAGGGUGGCCAUGGCUAAGGCACAAGGCAACAUUUCAGGGGCCAUUGAGUGGCUAAACAAAUAUCUUGAAAUAUUCAUGGCUGACAAUGAUGCUUGGAGAGAACUGGCUGAAAUUUAUGUCUCCCUGCAAAUGUACAAGCAAGCAGCCUUUUGCUAUGAGGAGCUAAUAUUAUCACAACCCACUGUUCCAUUAUACCACCUGGCUUAUGCUGAUGUGCUUUACACACUUGGUGGACUAGAAAAUCUUCAGAUGGCAAAGAAAUACUAUGCAUCCACCAUCGACUUGACGGGAGGCAAGAAUACCAGAGCACUAUUCGGCAUUUGCUUGUGCACAUCUGCAAUUGGGCACCUAGCAAAGGGACGGAACAAGGAAGAAAAGGAUAGUCCAGAACUACAAUCUUUAGCAGUAACAGCAUUGGAGAAAGACUACAAACAAAGAGCUCCGGAAAAGCUUUCUCUGCUAACUACUGCCUUGAAAAGCAUGAAAAUUUCUUAAUAACUACGUCACCGGUCACCCUUUGAUCUAAUUAUUUCCCUAGUGUUGGCCUGCUCCAAAACUAGGAGUAGCUGGUGGCAUCUCGGUGUUGAGUAGAUUUACGUAUUUCAAUUAUAUGGAUUUCAUAUAUUUGUUUGCAUCUUGUAUUCAAGUCAGUAUUGAAGCAUUUUUUAGCUGGCCGAGUGGCAGACUAGGAAUAUAUUAUAAACCUUUUUUAGGUUCAUCAUAAUUCAGGUAUUAUUUGGCUUUCUA